CCUAACAUCAUCGCCAACCCCUGCGAGGUAAAUCCGAUAGCUCCCUGCUCUCUCCGCCUCCGCUCAGCCUCAAAGAUUUCUAGGGUUUCGGUUCUAGAUUGAGCGCUUCUCCUCGCUCUCUCUCUCUUUCAAUCAUUCAAGUGCUCGUACGGUUUUCGGAUUCUCAUCGGGUUAAUCUGAGCUAGCGGCGGCGGUUGUAGAGGCGUACGUGCGCUCCUUGAACAGAUCUUAUAAUUGUUCAGACUGAAUGACCUAAUGGAGUCUAAAGGUGGGAAGAAGAAGUCUAGCAGUAGUAAAUCCUUAUUCUACGAAGCUCCUCUCGGUUACAGCAUUGAAGACGUCAGGCCACACGGUGGAAUCAAGAAGUUCAGAUCUGCUGCGUACUCCAACUGCGUCCGCAAGCCAUCCUGAGAUUUCCGGGGUAGUAGAUUAGUUUUCUUCAGCCGCCGAAAAAAAAAAAAAAACUGCUUGCUUUUUCUUUUGCUCUUCCUUCGAUCUUCCUCGAUCUCUCUUUCAACUCGCCCUCAGUAGUCGCAUCUCCUUCCUUGAGGCAAGAUGGCCUUGCCGGUUUCUGCAAUUGGAUUCGAAGGAUAUGAGAAGAGGCUCGAGCUGACAUUUUUCGAGCCCAGCAUCUUUGCCGAUCCUGGGGGCAUGGGCCUCCGAGCUCUUUCCAGAUCUCAAAUCGAUGAGAUUCUGAAACCAGCUGAGUGCACGAUCGUUUCAUCGCUGUCCAACGAAUAUCUUGACUCUUAUGUCCUGUCAGAAUCCAGCCUCUUUGUGUACCCUUACAAGAUCAUUAUCAAAACCUGUGGAACCACGAAGCUCCUCUUUGCCAUCCCAGCCAUCCUUGAACUGGCCAAUUCUCUAUCCCUGUCGGUGAAGUCGGUCAUGUAUACUCGCGGAAGCUUCAUAUUUCCUGGAGCGCAGUCUUUCCCACACCGCAGCUUCUCGGAGGAAGUAGCUCUCCUUGAUAAGCAUUUUGGAAACCUUGGAUUCGGAAGCAAGGCAUAUUUGAUGGGCUCUCCCGACGAAACCCAGAAAUGGCACGUCUACUCUGCCACUGCAGAGAAAGAGGCAAGCUGCAACAACCCGGUUUAUACUCUCGAGAUGUGCAUGACUGGUUUGGACAAUAAGAAGGCAGCUGUGUUUUUCAAGGAGAAUUCUUGCUCUGCCAAGGUCAUGACUGAAGCUUCAGGCAUCAGGAAGAUUCUCCCUGAGUCCGAGAUAUGCGAUUUUGACUUUGAUCCUUGUGGCUACUCCAUGAAUUCCAUUGAGGGAGGAGCGAUCUCCACUAUUCACGUGACACCAGAGGACGGCUUUAGCUAUGCAAGCUUCGAGGCUGUUGGCUAUGACUUGAAGGUGUUGGGGCUCGGAAACCUGUUCGAAAGGGUCUUGGCCUGCUUUGAGCCAUCUGAGUUCUCCGUGGCUCUGCACUCUGAGUCGACUUGUGCGAAUGUGGGAGCAGAGAUCUCUCAGCUUGCUCUGAAGGGGUACGGAGCUGAAGUAACAACUCGUGAGGAGCUCGGGAAGAACGGCUCGGUCGUCUAUGCAAGGUUUGCUAGGGCUGCUGGAAGCUGCUGUGGGUCCCCCAGGUCCAUUCUGAAGUGCUGUUGGAGUGAGGACGAGGAAGUCGAAGAGAAAUAGUUAAUAGUACCAUUUUUAUUUCCAGUUGUUAAUGCAAUAAAGUUCGGGUCGUUGAGUCCAUUAUGUAGUCAGGUCGGCGGUUGCUACUUAGCCUAUGAAUCUUAUUUCGUACUCGCAGUGUGAGUCGAGUCGAAACCUAUUUCCAUUUCGAUCAAUAAAGUGAUGUGUUGGGUCUCUUAACAGUUCAAUGGUUUAAUAUUAUUGUACUUUUGCGAA